AUGAAAGUUGUGUGCCAUGAGUUGGCAGCUGCAAGCAAUGACCCUGAGGGCAGUUUAAUGGAUGAAUUACUCAAAGUUGCUGACAAACUCGUUUCUUGCUUAGCAACUAAGCAAGAACUUUCUGUGAUUUCAAAUGGCAUUUUUUCAGAAGGUGACUUUUCAUCAGGCUUAACAGAAGGAUCAGGAGGGCUUCUGAUUAUGGCAUCAAUUUCGUUCCUUUGCAUACCCCAAUUGAAAGUUUUCUUAAAGAUAUUAGAUUCUGUUUCAGCAAAUACAUCAGCCUUUUUAGCUAAAACUUCAAGCACGCUUCCACUACUACGAAGGCAAUUCCUGCAUCAUUGGGAGUUAGUGCAACUAAAGGCACUUCCUGCAGCAUUGGGAGUUAAUGCAACUAAAGACUAG